AUGCCAGUGGAGCAGAAGGUGAACCCCUGUUCCCAGGCCGCAGACGGGCGCCCCAGCACGCGGGAAUGCGGCGAGGUGAACCGUGGAGCUGGACGCAGGGAGGCAGCAGGCGUGGGGCGCGCGAGCCGAGCGCGAGGACGGGGCCGCUUGUGGCACCCCAACCGCUUCCAUCACACACCUCCUUCUCCCCGCAGGUGGACCGCAGUGACACAGCGGAGCCAGAGCUCGGCUUUGUCCCCCCGGAGGGACAGCCUGCCUCCGCUCCCCUGCCCAGAGAGCUCACGGCACCCCGAGGACGGCAGCGCAAAGACGGGCAGUGUGGAGCACGGGGAGGCUCUGCCCCGCAGCAGUUCCUCAGGAGCAGAGCUGCUGCCUCUGCCAUCCUUGCCGCCUCUCCCCGCCAAGGCGGCAACCCAGGCAGACGCGUCCCUGCGCAUGGACAGAGGUCAAACGGCAGCGUCUACAAGCCAAGUCAAGCUGCCCCCUCUGCCAGCAUCAUCAGGAUGCUCUGCCAGAGGCAGGCUCCAGGAGCUCCAGCGGUCUGCAGAGGACUUUGCUGAUGACAACACCAGCAAAACCUCCCUCCUGGAAGCGGCACUUCCUUGCAGUUACCCAGGCAGGAUGCUUCUGCUGUCACUGCGUCAAGGCAAGAGGGUUUCCCCGCCGUACCUGAGGCCAGGCCUAGCUCUUCCAGAGCAGCACUGGCAACACCAAGGCCAUCACAAGGCCACGGCAGUAGGAUCACUCUUCCCCCGCUCAGCCAGCAGCCUUCAGGACACCUCUUUCUCCUGGAAGCCCAGAGCGCUGCUGAAGGAGCAAGCCCAGGUGGCCCAGCCUCCACGGAGUGCAACAAGCCCUGGCCAAGCUACCCUGUGCUGCCAAGUCUGCCACAGGCUCCAGACGUGA